AUGGACAAUAAUGGAAUAAGCAUCGGUGGCAGAACUGAUCUCAUUUUGUUGGAGAACUUUUUAACGGGUAGUUCAUAUGUUGAUCAGAUACUUGGACCUGUUGUCAUUCCGGUUUUGCCGACAUACGCUGUGGUCAUCGCAUUUUAUUGCACCUUAUUUAUAAAACUAGGCUCUGGGCCACUUUGGCAACACAGAGUUGGCGUGGAACAAGAAAGAUGUACUACAAGCUGGUGGGCCAACUUACUAUUUAUCAAUAAUUAUGUGAAUACGGAUAAAAUUUGUAUGUUCCAAUCUUGGUUUAUAACAUGCGAUAUGAAUUUCUUUAUUUUCUCACCAGUUCUUACCUGGUUUUUAUGGCAAAAACCAAAACUAGGACUAACUUUAGUGUUUUCGUUAAUAAUUUCCUCAAUAAUAGUAGUAUUUACAAAAGUAUAUAUUGACAAUUUGGAUGCAAUGUAUAUGAUUUACUUAAAAGCAUUAAAAGAUCCAGUGUCUCAUGCUACGUUCAAGACUUUAUACAUUCCAGGUCAUAUGAGAGCCAGUUCCUAUUUUAUUGGAACUCUGGCUGGAUAUUAUAAGUUUCAAAUAAAAGAAAACGACCACAAGAUAUCAAGAAAUUAUGUAAAAAUUGGAUGGAUAUUUUCAAUCCCAACAAUGAUCAUUUCCUUGGCCACCGGUUAUAUAUUUUAUUUAUACGACGUGCAUCAGUUAUUAACAGCUCUGUAUGCAGCUCUAUAUCAUCCAUUGUGGAGCAUUUGUAUAGCGUGGAUAAUAAUUGUAUUAUCGUUAGGUCACGAACCUUUAAUCAAUUCAUUUCUAAGUUGGAGACCUUUAACAAUUUUAGCGAAAUUGUCAUUUUGCGUGUAUAUUUCACACGGAAUUAUACAGAUGUACACUGCAGGAAGCAUUAGAACACCUACACAUGUUUCUAUAUUCAAUUUGGGUUAUAAAACUGUCGCUGAUAUAGUUUUAGGAUAUACUCUGGCAUUUAUAUUAAGUAUGGUAUACGAAUCUCCUGUAAUCGCAUUAGAAAAACUCCUUUUACAAAAAGGAUCAAUGCCACCAAAAAAAGAAAAUACAGAGAAGCAGAAUAAUAAUAUAGACUUAUCAACAGAAAUAGUGACGGAAAUUCUGUGAUUUUAAGGAAAAGUCUCUUAUUGGCUGAAGCUGAAUUAACUUCAACGGAGUAAUAAUAGAAAUAGACAUCUAUCCCUAUUAAACCUUUGUUAUACUUAAA